AUGGCAGAUCCAAACUUAUGGCUGAACUUGAGCAUUUCAUGUGCUUUGGUGUUGAUCGGAGGAGCCUUUUCGGGCUUGGCGAUCGCCUUGAUGACCCAAGAUGAAGUCCAUCUCCAAGUUCUGGCCGAGUCCGGUGAAGUAUCCGAUCAGAAAAAUGCCAGCAAAGUUCUCGGUCUGUUAAACCAAGGAAAACAUUGGAUUCUGGUGGCUCUCCUUCUCGGCAAUACAAUGACCAACGAGGCUCUACCGGUUGUGUUAGAUCAAGUCCUCGGGGGUGGCUUAGGAGCAGUAGUGGGUAGUACUGUGCUGAUCGUGAUCUUUGGCGAAAUCAUACCACAAUCCAUUUGUGCACGCCAUGCUCUCCGAGUCGGUGCUUGGACAGUAUCCUGUGUGGAAUUCUUCAUGUAUAUUAUCUCUCCCAUCGCGUGGCCGAUUGCAAAGUUACUCGAUCUGCUGGUCGGACACAACCACGGCACCAUCUAUACGAGAUCCGAACUGAUGGCGCUCUUUUCGUUCCACAGAACACUGGGCCAAGUCGACGAGCGAUUGAACGCCGACGAAGUUUUGAUCGUUCAAGGUGCGCUGGGUAUGCGAGAUAGAUCUGCGGCGUGCAUCAUGACGCCCAUCGCCGAUGUGUUCUCUCUGUCUGCCGACGCUGUGUUGGACGAGUACACCAUGGAUCGCAUUCAUUUCAAGGGCUACUCCCGAAUCCCGGUGCAUGCUCCUGACAACCGGAGACGAAUCGUCGGCUUGCUUCUGGUGAGGACCUUGGUCCGGUACAACCCGAGAUCUUGCAAACGAGUGCGUGAUUUUACCCUGGAGCCGGCUCGGGUAGUACACUCAAGUACGAAUUGCUUGAGUAUUCUGAAAAUGUUUCGACAAGGCGUUUACAAUAUGGUUCUGGUCUCUGAAAGUCGCAAAAAUGUACACCAGGCCAUUGGCAUUCUCACGCGAGAGGAUGCCGUUGAGGAAUUGAUCGGAGAAGAAAUCAUGGACGAGUUCGACGAUCUGAAGAAGAAUAGGCAGAAAGCGACUCGCCAAAGGAACCGGUUCCCUCUGUCCAAGGCCUCUUCGCGGAAGAUCCUCGAAAUGCCUCCUUCAUAUCCAAUCUCCGCUCCAGAGGGAGAACUCAUCAAUCUCGAGCCGGUGGAAUCGGUCACCUUUCGCAAAUUUGAACCUGUUGAUUUGUUCAGCGCUGCGAGCCAGUGGAGUUCUGUUCAGCAUGUCAUCUCUAUAUCUGAGGUACCAGCGGAGAGUUGA